UUUUGAAUGAAAAAAAUAGAAACGGAAGAGGAAGAGUUUACGUUGUGCAACUUCUUCUCUGUGGGAGUUUUUAUUUAUAUAUUUAUUCUCUGAUUAUACAGAUUUAUCGAGUCGCAAGCGUUUCUCUGGAGAACGAUUGUAAACUAACUCGGUGAAAUAAAAAAUGGGUUGCCAGGAGGUAAGAAGUUGGACAUUUCCAGGUUUGGUGGCAGCGUUUCUCGAUCUCUCUGUAGCUUUCUCGCUGCUUUGCGCCUCUUCUCUCGUUUAUCUAACCUCCAAGCUACUCGGUGUCUUCGGUCUGAGCCUCCCCUGCCCUUGUGAUGGCCUCUUCAGUGACCCUCGUAAGAACAAGUGUUUCCAAGAGACUCUAGUGAAUCUUCCUGUGAAAAAGAUCUCUUGUGUGCAGAGAUCCGUGAUGAGUACAACACCUUUUGAUGUGGGUGGUGGUGAGUGGGUUUGUAAGAAGAGGAAAGGAGAGGUUGAGUUUGAGAAAGAGGUCUUUAGUACUCCUUCUUGUGUGAAGGAGGUUGAGAAUGCUUCGUGCUUCGAUCUUUUAACCUCGCAGAGUUUAAAGAAAGGAAGUUUUAAUGUCAAGAAGAGUAAGCGUCUCAGCUUCCAUAGGUCCCCUCCUUAUGGUCAAAGUAAGCACUCUCCCCAAUCACCAGAGAGAGAGGGUACAUGCACUUCCCCCCCUGUGGAUCAGCCUAAUGAGACUCUUGAACGGAUGCUUGCAGAAGAACGAGCUUCUCGCGCUGCAUUAGCUCUUGAACUCGAGAAAGAGAGGAAUGCUGCGGCGACUGCUGCUGAUGAGGCUUUGGGUAUGAUACUGAGGCUGCAGGAGGAGAAAGCGUCGAUAGAGAUGCAAGCUAGGCAGUAUCAGCGGAUGAUAGAAGAGAAGUCAGCUUUUGACGCUGAAGAGAUGAGCAUUCUCAAAGAGAUUUUGCUGAGGAGGGAGAGGGAGAAACAUUUCUUGGAGAAAGAAGUUGACACCUACAGACUAAUGUUCCUCGAGACUGAGCAGCAACCUCUUCUCAACACGGACAAUGAGGUGAAUGGAGUAGACCAAGAUUCAGAGCGUGAUGAGUCAAGAAGUGAGGGACUUCUGAUUGAUGUAAAACCACAAGAGAUAGAGGAAGACAUUUCAUUUCCAGAACCAGACUCUGAGUCCAAGAAGGUUGGUGAGGAUUGUUGUGUACAUGAUAUCCAUGUGGUCAAAGAUGAAGACAACGAAGUGCAACUGAAUGUUCCUUCGGACCAUAUAGUUCGGGAUGUCACACUGGAUAGAUCACAAAGUGUUUUAGGUACAACAAGUUAUGGACUUCCACCGGCGUUUCCACAAGGACAAAGGAUCAUGUCUCCAAAUAUGCGCAGAAACUCAAUGUCAGCUGUUGACUAUGAGAGACUUAAGAUAGAAGGUGAAGUUAGUUUGCUGAGAGGACGUUUGAGAGCUGUACAGAAGGGAAGAGAGAAGAUCAGUUUCUCUUCCAAGGAACAGAGCAAAUCGCAGGUGCAACGUUUUGGAGAUAAUACAAGUCGGUUCUGGGAGGCUAGAGGAACGGGACCUGUCGACUCUUCAAGCCCUUCUUCCAUGAUGGUAAAAGCUAUGUCUAUGUCAUUGGACCUGCAUAGCGCUUGAAAGUCGAAACUACAAGGUAUGAAUUUUUCUCGCAUUACGCAACACAAAUAUAACAGUAUGGGCGACAAAAUGUCUGCCAAACUCUAAUGUGGUUUUUGCUUGGAGUAGUACGUUAUCUGUUGGGAGUUUUUGUUUCAAACAUUGUACUAUAAACGGUAUCGUUUCGGAACAAAAUAGGGACGCUUUUGUGGUGGUCUUUAAUUAUAAAUGGUGUGAAUACUUUCUCUUUUCCAUCUUAAUGACAGUUGCCUUUUUUCUA